AUGCCAUCAUUUAAAGAACGUUUUCGUCCAUCUCGAAAACAUAAAAAAAAUAAAGAAGCAGGUGUGACUGGUAUAGAUGAAUCUAUUAAUUCUGCUGUUGCUAGUGCAAUAUCAACAAAUACUAGUCAUGCAUCUAGAACAGGUAGGGGAUCAUUAACGACAAUAUCAAUAGCAACAACAGCAAUGGCAUCAGCAGCAGUGACAGCAGCAGCCGCAGCACCAACAACAACCGGUAAAACUAUCGAUGAACAUACCGGUUCUGCAGCAUUCUCAACUUAUCAUUCUUAUUAUUUAAUUGAUCAAUGUAAGUGA